ACAAUAUCUAUGAGCUAAUCAUAGGCUCGUAACCUAUCAUUUACCACGUCUAUAUAAAGAAUAUUCUCUCUCUCUCUCUCGUUAUUUUUUUGCCCUCAUCGGUUUUCCUGCUGCCAGAGAGAAAAUGGAAUCUAGCCGUGUAAAAAUAGCAAAGCAAUUCAUUGACCACUUUGCAACUUUGGAUACACAAAUCCUCAAAACAAUACUCUCCGAGAAUUAUCACCACGAAUUUGCACCGUCUUCACUCAACCCACCGGGUCCCUUCAACAAGCAGGGAUUCUUUGAGCAUCAUGCCGGACUUGAUACCGUCCUGGCCGGUUUCCCUGUGACGGCGAAGGAAUAUAUUGACAGUGAAAGUAGUAACUCUGUCACCGUCUGGGCGACAAGUCGUGCUGUCUUUCGGGAUGAUGCUAAAGAUGCUUCUAUAUCAGACUGGGAAUAUGAAGGGGAAUAUAUCUUUAUAUUUACAUUUGACCCGACUGGAGAAAAGAUCGUCCGUACGAUCGAGUUUUUAGAUAGCAAAGCUACAGCGGACAAACUCAUGGUUCUGAUGAAGAGGGCGAGAGAAAACAAGAACAAGUCUUGAUAUAUCAAUUGGUCACAAGGCUGUACAAAGGUAAUAUACAUGUAAAGGAGAUGUGCGGCUAUCACCUUUACUUCUUACUGCUCUUACAUUACCUCAUGUGACCAAUCAGACCAGUUGCCAUCAUUCACUGAUCUAUGCUAAGCACCCACUAAGACUCUAUUGAGUCAUGUCAUUUAUUAAAAUAUUUAUACUAUUUACAUUGUCUGUACGGC